ACGUCUUUUAGUGUGCACGUAUUGGUUGUCGACAUUUUGCCGCGUAACGAGUUAAAUAUUUGAUUGGAUUGUGAUCUCAAAGUGCAUUUCAAUAGUUACGACAGCAAUGUGACAGUAAAAAAAUUCCUUGUGAAUAAAUUGUGUUAACGUGAUUUUAAAUAAACAGUGAAACUAAACAUUAGUAUGGAAACCCGACAUUAUUGGGAGGAAAAUGGGCCGGCCGUAAAAUACGACAAUUACAACUCAGGAGAGCAGCUCAACUUCGCUGCGCCGCACUCGGAUGAGGAGGGAGAGUACCAGGGCGGAGCAUACCUCAAGAAGGGGAAGCAAGAUCCGAUGUCGCAUCGUAUCAUAGAGAAACGACGUCGUGAUCGUAUGAACAACUGCCUGGCCGACCUGUCGCGGCUCAUCCCGCCCGAGUACCUGAAGAAGGGACGCGGCAGAGUGGAGAAGACGGAGAUCAUAGAGAUGGCCAUCCGACACCUCAAGACCCUCCAGGAUCGUGUUAAUGCAGCGGAGAGGCAGGCGGUGGAGGAUCAGUACCGCGCCGGCUACCAGGAGGCGGUGGGGGAGGCCGUGCGCUUCCUGGUGGAGGUCCAGGGCUUCGGACCUGGCGACGGGCUCUGUGUGCAGCUGGCGUCCCACCUGCAGCGACACAGCCAGCACGUGAGCAACGCGAAUGGUCUGCGUGAGAAGUCCCGUCUACACGCUGGCUCGUCAUCAGAGACCACCAGCUCGUCCGGGAGCUCGCACGGCUACGCGGUCAAGGUCAUCCAACAUCCUAAACCGCCACCUGUAUUCCCACGGGAACCCUUAGUACCGGAGAGGCCCUUGGAAUCGUAUCAUAUGGAGUGCGAUCGAGUUGUUGCAGACCCAGUAUGCGUAGAAGAAAACGGUGUCACUGCACAAGACGUGGCAGCACUUCCUCUGGACGGACCACGGCUCAAGCGAGAUCAGACCCUGCGGAAGGUGCGUAAGCUGGACCACGGGGAGGACUUCCUACAUUCAUACAAGUUCAAGAACUCCAUAGAAAGGAGGUUUUCGAGAUCGCAGGAUAACGAGCAGGCCGCGGCCUCCCAAGUUCGCGGACACAUUCACUCCAAGUUGUACUCACACAAGCGGCGCCGCGCCGCCAAGCCUGCGACCACACCUUCCACCUCCACCACCUCCACCUCCACCACCUCCACCUCCGGCUCCACCGAGGACACCUCCGCCAGGGACACCUCGCCGCAGGACACGUCGAGCGAGUCUCCACAUCAACACCAGUAUGACAAACCGACGCCCACGCAGUUUGUGCCGGUUUUCGCUUUAAAUUCACUCGGUAAAUACUACGUGCCAUUGAGCGUCGAUUACGCGUGCUUGACGCGUCACCUUGGUUCGUACGACGCCCUAGACGCUCGGGCCGUUCAGUUGAGUGCGCCCUUACACCCCGUCACCAUACACGUUAACUUCCAGCCCUGUAUGACCUACCACUUGAAGCGGGAACCCACCGACAGGGACUGGCGGAGCGUUCAGAUGGCCGUCUAAAGCCUCGCCACACAAGCGGGCGUUUAAAUGACGCUACAGCGGUUUGUGACGGCAGCUAACAUUGUCAACGUGAGAAGUAGAAGAAAUGAAAAAAUUCUAUUUGAGCUUUUAGAUAAUGCCAGAAACUUUCAAGCAGUGUUUAACGUGUUUAAAACAUUUGGAAGUGACAAAAUAUAUUUAAGAUGUGAUUACUUAUAUGUAUCUAUGUUUAUUGCCUUAUUUAUAGAAAGCUAAGAGUUGAAUACAUUAUGUAAUAGUUUCAAUAAAACGCGCGUUUUGUUUUGUAUAAGAAACGCUCAGCUUUUUAAAAAUAAGGUCCUAAAGAUAUAUUUUAGUUAUUAUGGUGAAUGUGUACAAGACUGGAAACUAUAAAUACAUUCAGUGUUGUUAGUUGGGGCUGUGAUAACGAAAGUAGCUAGUCAAGGUCGGGGCUAACUUUUCAUGCUUGGUUUUGUGAUUUUAUUUGUAUUAUUCCUGUGUGUCUUUCACGAGUUAGGCUGCUUGGCCACUGAAGUGGAAUGGACAGGUGCGAAGCGGAUCUGUGCCAAAUUUACCAAUAGGUUUGCUAAAAUCUCUGCUCAGCUGUAGUGGGCAGGGAUUUGAAAGCUUGAACAUGACAGCAUAGGGGCACAGUCCACACCUUCCCAAUGCAUCAGUCACACGCUCCGGUACCUCGUGUAUAAGGCGGCCUUAUGCUGUCGCAGUCUCGCUAGCGACUGCGCUGCGAUUGUGUGCCGAUAAUACACUUACUUAGCUAGAUAAUUAGAAUGAAAAUAAAUUCUUUAAAUCCAUAGGAAUUUUUACCUUAGAGUGAAUCAACAAUUUCACGGAAGAGAAACAAUUUUGAUAUUUUUAAAGAAAUAUCCCUUCACUUCUGGAGUAAUUAAAUUUGUAACCAAAAUUUAUAUUCUGGCUUCAAAAAAAAUAUUAUAUCAAAAAACAAAAAUUUAAGUUGGAACCUGAGAGUUGCACAAGACA